CAGACGCCAAGCUUGACAUGACGGUCAGGGCUCAGUGUUCCCGAGGGCGACCGGGACUCCGGAGCUGGGGUGCGCGCCAUUCCGCCAUCCCCGAGGGCCUGGGCCACAGGGCACCUGUGCCAGCGGAUCGAGGAGACGGCAGCAGAGAGUUCCUGUGGACCUUCACUCGCCCCACUUCUGCCAACACCUGCUCGCUGGGGGAUAGUGGAAGGGCAGAGAGCGCCACGGAAGACAGACCCAGACACAGGCAGAGAUGGGGCUUCGCAUCUACGAGCCGAGGGGCGGGGCCGGGCAGCAGCCGCGAGAAGCCGGAGGAGAGACACCCGGAGCAGACUCCCCUCCGAGCUCGAGGGACCAAGCCUCGACACCCUCCGAUUUCAGACUCUGGCCUCCGGCACGGUGAGGGGACAAGCCUGUGUCAUUUGGGGCGUCCAGGUUUGGGGUGGUUACUGCGGGGUCACGGGUGGGCGGGGCUCACUUUGGUUCCACCAUGUGGCGUCCCGGUGGCCGCGAGGGUCACCCAGCCUGUGGCGGGCCGGGUGCUCCUCCUGCACGACCCUGACGGCUCCGAAGGUGAGCGGCUUGUCAGGCAUCAGCCGUCUCUUUCCAAGGAUCGGCUCAGUUCUUUGCCCGUUUCCCUGGCAUUUUAACCCUCCUGGGAUGUAUAUUCAUUUUUUUUAUACUUUGGUGACUUCUGUGAAAAUUCAUUUGAACUUGGCGUUUUGGAACCGCCAUUAAAAAAAAUGUCUAUUUAUUUAUUUUGAGAGAGGGAAAGCGCCAGUGGGGGAGGAGCAGAGGGCGGGAGAGAGAGAAUCCCAAGCGGUCUCCACGCGCAGCAGGGAGCCCAACGGCAGGGCUCAGUCCCACAACCUCGAGAUCACAGCCUGAGCCAGUGUCGAGAGUUGGAUGCUUCACCAACCGAGCCCCCCAGGUGCCCCUUGGAGCCACCAUUUUUUAGGAGCCAUCAGGAAGAUCAAUUUCUUGUGCGACAGGAAUGCGACUCUGAAAAGUAAACGAAACCUUCACAGGGUUCCCACUGCCAUUUCGGCUUAGAUUUUGGCGCCUGAUGCCGCUCGCGCCCAGCCGGACCCCUCCCCCCGUGCGGCUUGCACACCAGAGCCCUCGGGAAGAUGCCUUCCUGUGGAGUCUGCUGACCCGGGGUGCCGGCGGCCCGCCUUGUGGCUGCGGUGAGUUGGCUCCUGUCUGCAAAAUAUCCAGACUGAAGCUUGCCACUUUUGGUUCACAAUCGGGGGUCUCUGAGACUGUGCUCUUCCCGUGGACGCUGCUGUUCCCAUGGACCGUGCUGUUCCCGUGGACCGUGCUGUUCCCAUGGACGCUGCUGUUCCUGUGGACUAUGCUGUUCCCCUGGAUGUGGCUAACUGCUGUUCCCAUGGACGCUGCUGUUCCCAUGGACCGUGCUGUUCCCGUGGACCGUGCUGUUCCCGUGGACCGUGCUGUUCCCAUGGACCGUGCUGUCCCCGUGGACCGUGCUGUUCCCAUGGACUGUGCUGUUCCUGUGGAUGCUGCUGUUCCUGUGGACCGUGCUGUUCCCAUGGACCAUGCUGUCCCCGUGGACGCUGCUGUUCCUGUGGACUAUGCUGUUCCCCUGGAUGUGGCUAACUGCUAUUCCCAUGGACUGUGCUGUUCCUGUGGAUGCUGCUGUUCCUGUGGAUUGCGCUGUUCCCGUGGACCGUGCUGUUCCCACGGACUGUGCUGUUCCUGUGGAUGCUGCUGUUCCCAUGGACUAUGCUGUUCCCGUGGACCGUGGUGUUCCCGUGGACGCUGCUGUUCCUGUGGACGCUGCUGUUCCCAUGGACCGUGGUGUUCCUGUGGACCGUGCUGUUCCCGUGGGCACUGCUGACUGUGCUGUCCCCGUGGACGCUGCUGUUCCCGUGGACUGUGCUGUUCCCAUGGAUGCGGCUGACUGUGCUGUUCCCGUGGACGCUGCUGUUCCCGUGGACGCUGCUGUUCCCCUGGAUGCGGCUGACUGUGCUGUUCCCAUGGACACUGCUGUUCCCGUGGACCGUGCUAUUCCCAUGGACGCUGCUGUUCCUGUGGAUGCUGCUGUUCCUGUGGAUUGUGCUGUUCCCGUGGACCGUGCUGUUCCCAUGGGCCAUGCUGUCCCCGUGGACCGUGCUGUUCCCAUGGACCGUGCUAUUCCCGUGGACCGUGCUGUCCCCGUGGACGCUGCUGUUCCUGUGGACUAUGCUGUUCCCCUGGAUGUGGCUAACUGCUGUUCCCGUGGACUGUGCUGUUCCUGUGGAUGCUGCUGUUCCCGUGGACGCUGCUGUUCCCAUGGACCGUGGUGUUCCCGUGGACGCUGCUGUUCCCGUGGACCAUGGUGUUCCUGUGGACACUGCUGAUUGUGCUGUCCCCGUGGAUGCUGCUGUUCCCAUGGACUGUGGUAUUCCCGUGGACCGUGCUGUCCCCGUGGACUGUGCUGUUCCCACGGACUGUGCUGUUCCCGUGGACCGUGCUGUUCCUGUGGACGCUGCUGUUCCUGUGGAUGCUGCUGUUCCUGUGGAUUGUGCUGUUCCCGUGGACCGUGCUGUUCCCAUGGGCCAUGCUGUCCCCGUGGACCGUGCUGUUCCCAUGGACCGUGCUAUUCCCGUGGACCGUGCUGUCCCCGUGGACGCUGCUGUUCCUGUGGACUAUGCUGUUCCCCUGGAUGUGGCUAACUGCUGUUCCCGUGGACUGUGCUGUUCCUGUGGAUGCUGCUGUUCCCGUGGACGCUGCUGUUCCCAUGGACCGUGGUGUUCCCGUGGACGCUGCUGUUCCCGUGGACCAUGGUGUUCCUGUGGACACUGCUGAUUGUGCUGUCCCCGUGGAUGCUGCUGUUCCCAUGGACUGUGGUAUUCCCGUGGACCGUGCUGUCCCCGUGGACUGUGCUGUUCCCACGGACUGUGCUGUUCCCGUGGACCGUGCUGUUCCUGUGGACGCUGCUGUUCCCGUGGACGCUGCUGUUCCCCUGGAUGCGGCUGACUGUGCUGUUCCCAUGGACACUGCUGUUCCUGUGGACGCUGCUGUUCCCAUGGACCGUGGUGUUCCUGUGGACCGUGCUGUUCCCGUGGGCACUGCUGGCUGUGCUGUCCCCGUGGACGCUGCUGUUCCCGUGGACCGUGCUGUCCCUGCAGUGCUUGUGUUCGUGCGUGGGGCUGUUACUGCCCGUGUGCUCGUGUUUGUGAACAGAGACGUAAACAGUCACACGGCAAAAACACAUGUCAGUGAGUGGAGCUCAAACCCUAUUUUCUUUUCAUUUCGGGUUGUCUGUGAGAAGACAUUGAAAGACACUGAAAUCGGGUAGGUAAUUAAUUCACACGCACCUACGAGAGAAGAAAGAACACACAAACUAUUUGUAACAUUUUGUAACCACUGAAAUUAAUGUAGUGUGAAUUUGUCAUUUCCACCCAAAGUUACAGAUUUUCUAUAUUAUAAUUUAAUCUCUUUAAUGUAAAAAGAAUAGGAAUUUUGCCCUUUCUGGCCUCUCGGGAGGCAAGAACUGGUGUAUCUAAUUAUCUGAACACACACGAACAUAGAGGAAUAGCGAGCAGUGAAAUUAUACCUCGGCCGGAACGACUCCGUGUUUUCUGAUUAAACUCUCUUUCUGGAGCCCUUAGCGAUCA